UCACAACCACCAGCGAGUUGGUCACCCAAAGUGUCGGCGCGACAUCCCCUGAGGAAUCCCAUCGAAGAGACGUGCCUGUCACGUCAGGACAGCGGCCUUAGAUAUGGCAUACAUCCAGAGCUCCCACUCGCAGGGCACCGAAGGCAGCUUUGUGGCGCACAAGCCGGCCGAAAACAUCUCCCCGGAAGCAUACUACCAAGACCCGGCGCGGCAACAACGCCAGAGGCGCUGGUAUAUCGCCAAACUUGUGCUACACUGCAUCGUCUGGUCUAUCGCGCUCGCACUCGUCGUCAUCGACCUUUGCGUCAUCUCCUGGCUUGGGUUCGAUUUUGUCACCUAUAGCAUAUGCUCAAUCUGGCCGGCGAUUGCGUCCCUUUGCUGGAUCACUGCCGAGCUGGGUACGCUCGCGUGGCGGCGUACUUUGAGCCGUGGCAUUGACCCACGAUGGAACCUGAGCCUGCAUCUUUUACUGUGGUGUGGCUUCGCCUGCGCGGCCGCCUUUGGCGGGAUAUUCGGGCGCUACGAAUACUACUAUUAUCAUUAUUAUUAUUUGUCAGUGCCAUCGGCUGCAUACGACCUCGUCGACAACCGGGUGGUAGUCAUCAGCAGUCUAGUGAUUUCUCUAGUGUAGCUUGCUCCAUUUUGUCCUGUUCGUGCGGUGCUGCGUCGAAGUCAACCGGGUGAACCACGAGAAACAAGUCACACGGGUCUUCAGGGCUCUAGCGCGGCUCAACAUCAACGACAACAGUCCCACGAUAGCAGCG